AUGGUGAUGACAUCUUCAAAAAGGACGUUGGAUCCAAAAGAAGAUUAUUUACCCGUUGAUAAACCGUCCACGAGUUCAAACCACACCAUAAUAUCUGAAUUAGCAACACAAGAGAAAGCAAGCUCUAAUGGUACAACUCUAAAAUUAAUUGCGCUUAACAUCAAAUCGAUAUCUGAUGAAGAGGUGGCUCAUAUUCAGAACGUUGAAAGAUUGUCCUUAAGGAAAAAUCAUUUAACAUCCUUACCUGCCAGCUUUAAGAGGCUAUCAAAGCUGCAGUAUCUGGAUUUGCACAAUAACAAUUUCAAAGAAAUUCCAUACGUUCUAACCCAAUGUCCCCAAUUGGAGAUAUUGGAUCUGUCAUCCAAUGAAAUUGAAGCUUUUCCAGAUGAAAUAUCAUCUUUUUGGCAAGAUAACAUACGUGUAUUGUCGUUGAAAGACAAUAACGUGUCCAGCAUACAUAACUUGAAAUCGAUUACCAAAUUUAACAAAUUAAGCGUUUUAGAUCUAGAAGAUAACAAGUUGCCUAAAGAAGAGCUCGACCAGGUACAAAGUUAUACUCCAUUUCAUGCAGGCAUCACCAAAGAAGAAUAUUGGGCAAUUGCAAUAUCGCGAUAUCUGAAAGACCACCCUAUUCAAGCUAUUCCAGAAUCGAAAAUAUCCAGGGCAGCCAAAAGAAUGGGAUUUAUAAAUACAAACAUGUCUAAUGGAGUAAUAAAUGACAGCAAUAUAAUCUCACCAGCCCCAAAUGUGAACUCGAGUAUAAAUUCAUCCACAUCAGCAGCUUCAUCCAAUCUAAUCUCAGCUUUGUCUUUCAGUGGCACUACAGCAAAUGUUGAGCCAGAUUCUGGUGGCACAGCGAACGGGACAGAGCUAUAUAACCACUCCAAAUAUAAUGACUACUUUAAGAGGCUAUCAAUUUUGCCGGAGGAGUCAUUGAGUAAUGGUCACCAAAAAAUAUCACAUGCAGAAUUGGUUCUAUCCUGUCGAAAGCUGUUGUUUAGCUUCACAGAGUGUCAGCAAGCAAUUAGGAAAAUUGCAUCCUUCUGUAAAGAAAAAGCGGUAGCAGUGAAUGUAGUUUCGCUAUUAUAUUCGGUUAGAUCACACACCGAUGAUUUGGUAGAGGUUUUGCAGCAAACAGAGAAUGAAGACAAAUCGCAUGAUCAGGCGCUAAUUAAGCUAUGUCUUACCAUCAUCACAAAUUUCAAACAAAUUAUAACAUUGUUGAGGAGAAAUUUCGAGAUAUUCUUCAAAGAGGAUGAUUUAUGCUUUAUACGAAUGUUUUACAUGACAUUAAUGUGCGCUUAUACCGAGAUGUAUAAUGCAUGGUCAUUUAUCAAAGAAGAUGAACAGAUAAUUAACACAACGAAUAAGCCUUCGAAGAAGCACUCUUUUUCAAGACAUGACACAUCGUCCAGUAUCACAAACAGUGGAGGUCCGGUAGCGAAUACAACCAGUACACUAUGUAGUGGGAAUGUUAAGUUACUGCCGAAAACAAGGAGCACAAGAGCUCCUUCAACAUCUGCACUGCUUUCGAACAAUAAUAUUCUGGCGGGAGAUACACCUAUUCCAAGCAGCGCAGCUGUUCCAGUACUAUCACCGAAUUUGAACAAUCCUCACGUCCAUGGUCCGAUCUCGGGCAAUCAGAAUGUGACGAGCAGCGGGGUUGCCCAGACAAGUAUUGGUGAAAUAAAGCCUUCUAACGACAACUUGCCAAGGCAGCAACUACUUCAACAUAACAAAUCUACUAGCGACUCGAAGAAAGAGUCAAUACCGCAUGAAGUUAAGGCUCAUCCUGUUAUGAAUUCUUCCAUUAUCAAUGCAUCAAAUAGCGUUAGCACGAUAACCUCUAAUGCCAAUAUAACUCCCCCACCGAUGAGUGGUAAUAUUUCCAGCAAUAGUAGCACUAGUGCGGUGGAGACAAAUAUUGACAUUCAACUAUACCAGACACUCUCAACAGUAGUUAAAAUGGUGAGCGUUGUAUAUAAUCAAUUGACUUCAGAAAUAUCCAAAAUAGCUAUUGCUAGCACAAUGGGAAAGCAAAUUUUGACGGACUCGUUGGCACCUAAGAUUCGUGAUUUAACUGAAACAUGUCGUCAAGCAAUGGACUUAUCCAAACAAUUAAAUGAAAGGCUGAACCUACUAAUACCAAACGAUCUAAAUUCGGAGAGGUAUUUGACAUCUUUGGAGAAAUUGAAAACGUGGGAGAUAAUGAACUCAUUUUUGAAAGUAAUAAUAUCAAUCUUGGCUAAUACGAAAAUUGUAAUGAGCGACGUCCCCAAUUUAAAUGAACUUAGACCUAAUUUGGCCAAUUUGGCCAAGAUAACUAAGGAUGUCACUGUGAUAUUGGACUUGAGUUCAUAUAAAGCUGUGUCAGUAAGCGCUAACUCUCCAGAGUAG